UGCUCUAACCACGUCUGCCGACGCGUCUGCACCGUUCCUUCCUCCUCCUACUUGCUCGCGCUGCCGUGUCCUUGCCGCAUCCUCCUCCUCCGGCGGCUGCGGCGUACGCGCUCCGGAGUCCGGAGGCACUCGCCGCCGUCGAAUUAUUCCCAUUCUCAUCACGCCGUGCGCCAGGGAUACUACUAUGGACCGGCGCAGGAUCUUAUUCGGCCACUAGAACCCAGCGUGAGAAUUCCCUCCGGAUUGGAAUUUGGAUGGAAGUGGAGCUAGCAUGUGCAUCCCCGGCCGGCCCUAUUUAAGCAUCAUCCACUGCGCUAAUCCUGCUCCUCUCCUGUUCGGAACUGAUUAGUUGCUUCCCUAUUACAACCGUCUGUUUGAGGUCUCACUCACAGGAUGCUGAAAAUAAGCCGCGUUGUGUGUGUGUGUGUCUACGAUGAACUGUUUGACGCGUUCGUUCGAGCUCUUCUUGAAGCAGUUUGACAAGCUGUUUGUGGUCGUCUCGUUCUCUGUUUGGUUGUCCAGUUUCAGUCCCGAGACGUCGUAAUCGCUAGAUGAUCGAUGAACGCCAAGAAGAUUAAGCUGCACGACUAUCACCACUGCUACGGAUCGCCGAUGUGUGACCCACAGCUGUUCCCGCGCGCCGCCGCCGCCACCACCGCAGGGCUCUCCUUGCACCCGGGGCCGGGGCUCGUGGGCUCCCUGCCGCAGCGGCAUGGCGGCGGCGGCGGCGGCUGGGUGCACGAGGAGCACACCGCGACGACCCCGAGGGCGGCGCAGGGGCAGGGCGGCUGCGUCGUCGGCUCCGACGCCGCCGCGUUCUUCGCCGCCGAGGAGCUCAUGAUGGGCACGGCGCGGUUCGACUCCCCUCUCGGCGGAACGACGACGGCACUCCAGGAGCUGACAGCGUUUGCCAAGGGACCGCCGUUUGGCCGGCCGAGGCCCACGACGGGGGGCGAGCGCGAGCGCGAGCGGCUGUACCCAGUGGACCCGCUGCCGCUCCGCGACUGCGCGGCGGUGAGGACGUACUACGUCCGGCCGCAGCAGCGCGACGGCGCCACGGAGGCGCCUCCUUCACUCGAGCUGCCAUUCCAGCGGCGGCAGCAGCAACAAGUGCACGGGCUAUUCGGCGACCCUUCCACCGGCAGGCUACUCGGCGGCGGCGAGCCUCAAGCUCACUCCUUUCCAGCUCACGUUCCGGCGAGCACGUUUGUCCCCGCGAUGGAGGCGCCGCCGGGCAUGCAGAGCCUUAUGGACAACCCGCUGUCCAGGAGCUGCAGUAUCAUCGGUGCGGCGGCGACCCACGCAGGGAGCGGUAACGCCGCCGCGCCGGGGCAAGGUGCUCCCAGCAAGACGCGGAUUCGGUGGACGCAGGACCUCCACGAGCGCUUCGUCGACUGCGUCAACAAGCUCGGCGGCGCGGACAAGGCGACUCCCAAGGGCAUUCUGAAGCUGAUGAACUCUGAUGGCCUCACAAUCUACCACAUCAAGAGCCACCUUCAGAAAUACCGCAUAGCCAAGUACAUGCCCGUGUCAUCGACGUCCGAAGGGAAAGAGAAACGAGCUGCUGCCGCCAAUGACGUGCAGAAUCUCGACCCCGGCACCGGGAUGAAGAUCACGGAAGCGCUACGCGUCCAGCUCGACGUGCAGAGGCGCCUCCACGAGCAGCUCGAGAUCCAGAGGAAUCUGCAGCUGAGGAUCGAGGCGCAAGGCAAGAAGCUGCAGAAGAUGUUCGAGGAGCAGAUGAAGACGAGCAGGACCGUGAUGGGGCCGCCGCAGGGCGCCGACGUCGCCUUCAUCGGCGCCGGCGAGCAGGAGGAGGAGGUGGAGGUGGAGGACGCGUUCGACGACGUGCAGCUACUGGCGGCCGUGUCCAGCGCCAGCGUCGGCUACCGCGACGGCGGAUUCCAGUCGAAGAUAAGCUAGCCUGUCGCCUCCAGCCUCCAGGCUUCAGCUGGCUUGUCGGCAUUGUAAUUGUAGGGUUUGACUACAAAUGCCAUCGUAGCUAUCCAUGGAAGAUGAUGCCUACAAUGUUUGGGACGACGACGACGAGUGUUUUGGAGGGAAAAAAAGGAAACUAAAUUGUUGGGGAUGCAGGCAAGGGACGAUCCUCGUCGUCCACUUAUGUCGUUGAUUGGAAGGUGUGAUCGUGCACCUAGCCUAACCACUUAGUUUUAAAAGUUCUCUCUGAACUUUAGAAUGUGAGUGUCUAUUUUUGCUUAUUUAUUUUUAAUAAAAAACCAUCAGGUCUCUUAUAGAGGUUGGA